CUCGGCUCUUGCUCACUAGGGUAGCUGGGACCGUUAGCUCGCCUGGCUGGCAAGCUGCGGGGGGCCCCCGCUCUGCCGUCUGCCGGGAUGGAGACGAUGCGAGCACAGCGGCUGCAGCCCGGCGUAGGUGCCGGCGGGAGAGGCACUCUUGAUCACCCCCUCGAGGUGGCUUUUUUGAUCUUCUUAACACAAGACGACAUCUGGGUGUGGUGGUGCACACCUUUGAUCCCAGCAAAUGGGAGACAGGCUGUGGUGACCAGGAGCAAGAGACUUGGUGCAGGCACCCAAAGUCCAGCAGCACUUGGAGCUGGUCUCAGUGCUGAGCUCUCUGCCUUUCCUCUUGCAGUGAAUGUGGUGGAGGCACUUCAGGAAUUCUGGCAGAUGAAGCAGUCCCGGGGCGCUGACUUGAAGAAUGGGGCUCUGGUGGUGUACGAGAUGGUCCCUUCCAACAGCCCUCCCUAUGUCUGCUACGUCACUCUGCCUGGGGGAAGUUGUUUUGGGAGUUUCCAGUUUUGCCCCACAAAAGCUGAGGCCCGGCGCAGUGCUGCGAAGAUUGCGCUAAUGAACUCCGUGUUCAAUGAACAUCCAUCCCGAAGAAUUACUGAUGAGUUUAUUGAGAAGAGUGUCUCAGAGGCCCUGGCAUCUUUCAAUGGUAACAGAGAGGAAGCUGACAACCCAAAUACAGGAAUUGGUGCUUUCCGAUUCAUGCUGGAAUCUAAUAAGGGCAAAUCAAUGCUGGAGUUUCAGGAGCUAAUGACAGUUUUUCAGCUGUUGCACUGGAAUGGCAGCCUUAAGGCCAUGAGGGAAAGACAGUGCUCACGACAGGAGGUGUUGGCUCAUUAUUCGCACCGGGCCCUGGAUGACGAUAUUCGCCACCAAAUGGCUUUAGACUGGGUGAGCCGGGAGCAGAGCGUGCCAGGGGCACUGUCUAGAGAGCUGGCCUCCACUGAACGAGAGCUGGAUGAAGCCCGGCUGGCGGGCAAGGAGCUGCGCUUCCACAAGGAGAAGAAAGAUAUUCUCAUGCUGGCUGCUGGGCAGUUGGGCAACAUGCAUCCUUCCAGCUGCUGAGCACCUGCCCUCUUCAGCCUUUUUUGUAUGUCUCUUUUUUAAGACAUAGGAUGAUUUCUGUAUAUACUUUCUCAAUUUUAUACUUUAAAAUAUAGACAUAUAUGUAUAAAUUCUACACCUGGAUUCCUAUUUGCUGAGAUCCCUUUUCUAACUUCCAGUUUGGAGAUGUAGUUACCUUUGAAAUAUCACUGUUCCAUUUUAGAGGUUUGUUGGCUCUUAAACCUUCAGAUUAAGUAUAUAAGUCAUUUCAGUAGUACAGUACAAUUUACUAAGUGUUCAUGUCUCUUUUUUUAAAAAAUAGCAGUCACCUGCCAGGCAGUGGUGGUGAACACCUUUAAUGACAGCACUGGGGAGGUAGAGGCAGGUGGAUCUCUGUGAGUUUGAAGCCAGCCUGCUCUAUAGAGCUAGUUCCAGGACAGCCAAGGCUAUACAGAGAAACCCAGUCUCAAAAAGCCAAAAACAAAAAUUAAACAAACAAAGCAGUCACGUGUGAUGACUCAUAGCUAUAAUCUCUGCAUUCAGAAGUCUGAGACAGUAUUGCUGUGAAUAUGAGGCCAGCCCGGACCACACAGUGACUUACAGAUCAGCAUGGGCUACAGGGUAUAAGACCAUCUCAAAUCCUUCUUUCCCUACAUAUAAAACAACAGUCAGUAAUAAGGAGUAUGUGUUCCACCCUCACCCAUAUUCUUGUUUUCUCUAGACUAAAACAGGGUGUGACCUCUGCCUUGAGGUGUACCUUCUUAUACUCUCCUGCUCGCUUUCCUCCUUCCUUACCUCCACAGGCUCCUUUGUUUGGGGACUUCCUUACCUUAUUCAGAAGGAACAGGAGAUCUGGCUUCUUUUUGUUUUGUGGGACAUCUUACUAAGUAAAUCUGGCUGGCCUGAAACUCAUUCUGUAGACUAGGAGGGCUUCAUACUUGUGGCAGUAUUCUUGCUAAGACCAUAGGCAUGGGUUGCCUGGCCUGGCCUGGUUUUUAUUCUGAAGUCACUCCUGCCCAAAAAAUUCACAUGGAGGGUGGGGAUGGCACUACUUACACUGCCUCUGGGCUAUCGAUGCCCUUCCAGCAGUCUACAUUUCUGGACAUAAGAAGAGGGUGAGAGUUUCUGCUCUCACCUUUCAGCAUUCCCUGCUGUCAUUUCUCUCCUGCUCACCAUACUGAGUAAAGCCUCUCACCCCCCACACCCCCCCACCCCCGCCAUUUCAUUUUGUUUAUGUAGCCCAGGCUGGCCUCAAAUUCUCCUGGUAGGUGAGAAUGACCUUGAACCGCUGAGCCUCCUGCAUCCACCUCCCACCUGCUAGGAUUACGAUGGAGUAUCACCGCAUCUGCCUUAACCCUUCCUUCAGUGACUGGAAACAUCCUGCUCUUUAGAAACUGCAUCUGUUCUGUUUAGUGAGAACCUCAGAGGAAUCUCAGGCCCACCGAGUUGUGCUGUUUACUCUUAAAUGUACACUCCUUAGAUUCUCAUUUCCUGUGUCUUCCUUCUCUUCCUCCACAUGGACUGAGAACAAGUUGAUGAACCAUGGAUGAGAAUGCGGUUCUUCCUAAGUGGCACCUGGGUAGCUUGCAGAAAAAAGAGAACUAGUUACUUGUGUGUAAAGAGAGAAAUGACCUGGCAGAUAGGCAGAGUUCUAUUUCUUCCUUGUUUCUGUGAUCUCUGCUAUACUGUAUUGUUGUGCAGUGCACUUUCUCUCAAUAUACUGCUACUAUAAUUUGACUUCCCAUUGAACAUUUGCAGUUUGCUUUUGGAUUAGGAACCAGGCCCUGGUGUAGGUCUGUAAUCCCAGUUACUCUGGAGGCUAAGGCAAGGAGAUCAGAAAUUUAAGGUCCAUCCUAACUUGAGUGAGGUCAGAGGCAACCUGGGUAACUUACCCAGACUGUCUCAAAAAUAUAAAGUGAAAACAGGGCUGGGGAUAUAGCUUAGUGUUAGAGUUUGACUGGCAUGUGAGGCCUGAGUUUAAUCUCUACUGCAGAAAGGGGGUGGGGUGGGAGAUUUGCAGGGAAGAGGAAAGGAAGGAACAAGGUGAAAAGCAGCUUUCUUGCUUUUUAAAAUCAUCUUUGUGACAAGGACACAUGGGAUCAGGUAGUGAGCCCAGUUACAAGUGUCUGUGCUUAGAAAAGGGUUCCUUUAUCCUUUUAGCCUGCCUCUUUAUUUCAUAAAGCACACUGGGUUGGAACAGAGGCUCCCACAUUGCGUGACAGGUGUUAUCUGUUUUCAAUUGGUGUGUAUAACCCAGAAGCCACGGACCCUCCCAUUUAUCCUCUACUUCUUUCUUUGUGUAAGACCUGUUAAGGAGUAUGAGCUUGGGGAAGCAUUGCCCUUGCACCUCCUGGAUUCACUGUUUUUCUCAAAACCAUACAACUCCAAAAAACACAAGAAGAAUUGUUCUGUCCACUUUUGAUGUUAAAGAUUUUAGUUAUCUUUUUGGUACUUUCUAUGUAUUUUAUAUGUAAAAUUUUACACAAUUAAAAAUGGGUUUUUGUCUAGUAA